UUAACCACUUAACUUAGUGUUAGUGCUUAUGAUUAUACUAAGGACUAUGUUUAUGAUUAUACUAAGGAUUAACACUUAGUGUUUAUGAUUAUACUAAGGACAAGUUUCCUUUCACAGUGUAUUAAGCAAGUUUUAUUUAGUAGUUAUUGUGAAACUGUGAGUAGGAGACAUGGCUUACAUCGUAGAUUUGCGUUCAGACACGGUAACUAAGCCUACAGAGUCGAUGAAACAUGCUAUGGUAAACUCGGCGCUCGGUGACGAUGUCUUCGGUGAAGAUCCCACUGUAAAUGCCCUGGAAAGCAAAGUGGCCAAUCUUUUGGGGAAGCAGGCGGCUUUAUUUGUACCUAGUGGUACUAUGGCAAAUCUAAUUGCAACAAUGGUGCACUGCAACAAAAGAGGAUCUGAGGCAAUUGUUGGAAACUUUUCACAUAUUUACAAAUAUGAACAGGGUGGGGCGGCGCACGUAGCAGGCGUCCUAUUAAGCACAUUGCAGAACAAGCCAGACGGCACGUUCGACUUGCAAGAGCUUGAGGAACGUAUCCGUGGCUCCGACAUACACGAACCAAUCACAUCGAUGGUUGCGAUAGAGAACACACAAAACUAUUGUGGUGGCAAGGUGCUUCCACUACAAUGGAUCGAUGAUCUCUCAGACCUGUGCAAGAAACACUCGCUGCCAUUGCACAUGGAUGGCGCGCGGCUGCUAAACGCCAGCGCCUACCUCUCUGUGCCUCCGGAGAGAAUCGUCCGCGGCUGCGACAGCGUUGCCCUGUGUUUCAGCAAAGGCCUGUCCGCGCCCGCAGGCUCGGCCCUGGCAGGGUCCUAUCACUUCAUACAGCAGGCGCGUCGUAUGCGCAAGAUGCUCGGCGGCGGGAUGAGACAAUCUGGAGUAUUAGCGGCCGCCGCGAUCGUCGCGUUGGACGAGGUGGCGCCCGCACUCGCGCUGGACCACAAGCGCGCGCGGACCCUGGGCAAAGUUAUUGAAGGCCUGUUCCUGAAGACGUUCUCAGUGGACGUGGAGAGUCAGCACACAAACAUGAUCCUAGUGCGGAUCUCAGAGCACAGUCCGCUGCGAGCCGAGCAAGUGCUCAACCGACUGGCACAAGUCAGCCUCGCUGAAACACAGGGUGACUGCAAGACUCCAAACGAUGAGGGUGUAAUAGUAAAGGCGAUCUGCUUUAACGACAAGACCAUCCGCCUCACGCUGCACCGCGAGAUACUCGACACGGAUCUGUGGUUCGCUAUUAUGAAAAUCACGUUCGUAUUCAAAGAACUCGAGGCAGCCUACCCGCUUGUUCAGACCUAACUGAAGUCUCAGAUCUAAGGCUGCUUUUCCACCAGAGGUGUGCUAUGCUACGUUGCUAUGGAUGCGUUUCAUAUUCACCAAUCAUAUUCAUUGGUGCACAUAGCUUAGCACUGGUGGAAAGGGAUUCAACUAAGAUAUGUUUUUAUAUGGAAGGAUGCCUGCUAUGGGCCGUCGCGAGUGGUGUAGCUAUGUGCAGGCACAGCAGGACGCGUGAGCGCCUCUCUCCUCACCGCAUCGCUCUCACCGCUUCCCUACUAUCGAUACAUCGCAUAGCUCGAGCUGCGCAUCUUUCUCGCGCAGCUACUUUGCGGCGGCGCGUCUUCAUAGCGCAUCCUCCUCGCACAGCUACAUAGCUUAGUAUUGGUGGAAACGGUCACAUACUUUCGUAGCGUAGAUUUCACAUCUUCGUAGCGUAGCUGCAUAGCACAUCUCUGGUGGAAAGGCACCCUAAGGGUGAGAUCUAUGUACUUUGACUUUGCCUCAGACUUUACUUACGAAAAACUUGGCCGAGUGUAUGCUAAGCUUAAUCUUUGAUUCGGAAUUUAUAGUCGUAUCGCGUUAAGAUUGUGCUGAGCGUAAACUAAGGCUGUCAAAUAGAAUGUACAAGUAAAGCCCUUUUAUAUGAUACCUAACUUGCUAUAGUUAUCUUACUUUGCGGAACAAUGGUUGUUUUUUGCGGUUAAGCGUAGUUUUGGCCCAGAUAGGAGUUCUGAAUACUGACUGCAUAGUUUUUUUAUUUAAAUUGGGUGUUGGGACCAUUACUGCCUUAUCUUCAAUUAGUGCAAUAUUUACGUAAUAUUAGGUGUAAGGUUUAACGUAUAACGUUUUAUAUUUACCAAUUGAAGUACCUAGAGUAUCUAUUUUAAAUUGUUAUUAAUUUGUUUUUAUGUGGUUUUUAUAUUUAUGACUCUGACGUAUUUUCACAUGGUAUCUAAACGAAUAACGCCUUUGUGACGGCAGAGUGAAGGUUAAUCAAGUCCUACAGACCAAUCAGCUCCCCGAUUGUGUAAGAAAAUCGUUACCGUCAAAAAAUUCUGCCCUUUGAUUGGCUGUGAAAAAAGGUAAACAGCGAAUGGACCAAUCAAAGGACAGAAUUUCUUGACGAUAACGAUAACCAUGAAUACGUCUUUCUUCACAAUCGGGGGUGAUAUUAUGACGUAAUAAAAUUAAGUCAUAUCUAUCAAAUUAUCUGAUUGGUGUGCUGAGCACAUCUUCGUAACAGUGGAUACCUACUGGAUUUUGUGGAGAUUUUUCGAUUGAUAAUAAUUAAUUAUCAAUUUUUGUUUAUAUAGUAACUUGCAUAUUUCUUGCAGUAUUUUUUGUUGAAAAUUGCUGAAGAUUAAAGGCUCAAAUUAAAUUGUUUAUAAAUAAAAUGACAUGAAAAUGAAAGAAUUCGUUUUAUUUAGCAUACUCAGAACAUAAGUCGUUUCACAAAAUAUUGAAACAAUAACUGUACCUACAUAAUAAUAAGUAUUAAAUCGCCUAAAGAUUAUUAAAAAAAUGUGUAAAUUACACAAUGUUUGCAAAAUGAUUUGCAGGUUUUUUAACUGUAGGUACAUACUAUCUAACAAGAUAAAAACUCAAAAAUAGACUUAUGGAAUAUGUACACUGUACUGUGGCCAAGUUCUAGAAAAUUAAAAUUAAAAAAUUGCAAUAAUUGUAAUAAUAUUAUGUAUAUUGUAAUCACAAUGCUUUACUUAACUUAUAGUAAUAAUAUAAAAGCUAUGCCUUCUAUAAUAGGUCUUGUUUCAUAAAAAGAACGCUGGCCGGUUUCUGCUCUGUCUCUUUCUCUCCGACUGAAUCUGUGCACAGACACAUCACCUCUCUCUCUCAUUCUUUUACAAGACGGGAGCUUUAAGUAAUUUCUUAUCAAUAUGAGAUGAGCUGUGAGCACUCAAAUGCAAUCAGUACUUAUUUGAGAGCAAAUUCCAAUUGAAAGCAUUAGGCUUGGUGCAUAUUAUCAGAAAAUGUGGCCAAUUCAGUUGUACACAAUUUCUAAAUUAUUGCUACCCCUUUCACAGUACUCCUUGCGGAAAAGGAUAGCACUAGAUUUAGACCUGUCAAUUUAGAAAUUGUGCUCAACAGAAUUAGCCCCAUUCUAUUAGAAAAUCUUCAAUAAUAAAAAAUAAAAAUACGCAAUCACUGUGAAGUGCAAACAUCAGAAAUGGAUGUCUAAUUCUGCUAAAUUCUUUUAGACAGUCUUUGGAGUAUGUACAAAAUGUAUGAGCAGAAUGAAUACCUGUUAAGUAAUUUUUGA